AUGAGUGCUAGCUGUCCAUCCCCUAUUGGCCAGGAACUGCGGUCAAUGGGAAUUGUGGUGGUGGCACCUCCACCAAAGACCCAGGGGAAGAUGUCACUGCUUCUUGAGAAGGCACCCGAAGAGGGGCUGCUCUCAGCUGCCUGGGGCCUGCUGCCCGUCAGCUUCUCUCCCUGCCACCAUGAAGCUGCUGCGACUCCUGUGGGCCUGGUGCUCUUCGCUGUGGUUCUGCUCUAUCUGGCCAAGUGCACCUCUGAGAGCCUCAGGCCCUUGCCGGGGAGGGGCCUGCCCCACCACCAGCUCCUGCGGCCGCCCCAUGGCGGAGCAGGUGCUGGGCCACCCCCACCGGCAGCCCCACCACCCCCGGAGGAGAAGGCGUUUCUGGCCGUCCUCGUUGCCAGCGGCCCCAAGUACACGGAACGCCGCAGCAUCAUCCGCAGCACCUGGCUCUCUGGGGCGGGCCGGCCCCCUCAGGAUGACAUCUGGUGUCGUUUUGUGAUAGGCACAGGUGGUCUAACUGGGGAGGAGCUUCACAGCUUAGAGUUGGAGCAGAGCCGUCACCGGGACUUGCUGUUGCUGCCCGAGCUUCGUGACUCAUAUGAGAACCUGACUGCCAAGGUCCUGGCAAUGUAUGUCUGGCUUGAUCUGAACUUGGACUUCCGAUUUGUCCUCAAGGCAGAUGAUGACACCUUUGUACGUCUGGAUGUACUUGUGGAAGAGCUAAGGGCCAAAGAGCCACGUCGUCUUUACUGGGGCUUCUUUUCUGGUCGUGGCCGAGUGAAGUCAGGUGGCAAGUGGAAAGAGAGCACUUGGCUUCUAUGUGACUACUACUUGCCUUACGCUCUGGGUGGUGGCUAUGUACUCUCUGCAGAUCUGGUGCAUUAUCUGCAACUCAGCCAAGACUAUUUCAACAUGUGGCAGAGUGAGGAUGUCUCUUUGGGUGCUUGGUUGGCUCCUGUGGAUGUGAAGAGGGUGCAUGACCCACGUUUUGACACUGAAUAUAAGUCACGGGGCUGCAACAAUAAGUAUAUCGUCACUCACAAGCAGAGCAUUGAGGACAUGUUAGAAAAGCAUCAGACUUUGGCCAAAGAAGGGAAGCUCUGCAAGGAGGAGGUUAAGCUCAGGCUGUCUUACAUGUAUGACUGGGGAGUGCCUCCUUCACAGUGCUGCCAAAGGAAAGAUGGCAUCCCCUGAACGCUGAGGGAAGAGGAAGGGCAAAGUGUGAAAGGAGAACUCUGAGCUGGAUUAGUAUCGUAUGGGCACACUCCCUGUAAAUAGGGUUUAAAAAUUCUGAGAUUUUGCACGAUUUGUGUGUCAAGACUGUGCAGGAUCAGCAUAGCACCAUAAUUCAGAAGAGUUACUGAAGUGCUGUGAUUUGUCUACAGAUACAAAACAUACAGGAAUAAAGGGGGGAAAUGAGAAAAAUUAUAUGAUGGAACUUAGUGCAAAGGGGGAAAAAACAAACUUUUUAAAAUAAUUUGGAUGAAGAGCAGGUUGGAAGAUGUCUCAAAUUCAAGAGCUUGGUUAAGAACGUGUCAUGUCUUCACACCAUCCCCAAAAUUGUGAAAAUGUCUGCUGUUCAAUUUUUGCAGGGAAAAAUAUCACUUUGGCGAACCAUGUUGGCAAGUUUUGAAGAUUGUAAUAAAGAGCUAGCAAAUCAGUUGCUUGUGUCAGUAGGAAUAAGUGGCUCCUUAGAACUACUGGCAUCUAAAUGAAGGAAAGUGUUGGAUUUUUGCACUUGUUACUUUAUAUUCCCACUGAAGGGGGAGAAGGAGUGUCUAGUCUUUGGAAAGUAUUCUGAUUUAAUUGUAAAAGGUCUUGGGUAAUAUCUCUGAAUUUAAAUCUUCAAUAAUCUUUAAAUAAUUUGUAAUGUAUUGUGUAAUCUGGAUUAUCUGGCAGCUACUAAAUAGGUCUGAAUUUAGGAAGGUGUAUGUGUUAUGCCAUAUUGCAAUAUUAGGGUAGGUUCUCAACUACUGUAUCUUGAUUUGGAAGCAAACAUUUAUGCUAUACUCCUAGCACUCAGUUAUUGGGAUUAGAUGCUGCUCUUGUAUUCAAGUGCAUUGUGUAUAAAGAAAUCUUCCUAAUUUUUUACAAAAAAUGAUCCCACUGAGAAGUAAUACUCUGAUUAUGCAAACGAUAGGACUACUUACAUUAGUAAGAGCAGGAUUGGACCUAUAAUGUCUCAAACUAGAAGUACAAAACUACAUUAAAUUAUCUGGAUUAGAUUUUUAAAAUAAAAAGUAGUAAUUCCGUAAAAAAAAAAAAAUCUUAAUAGGCUAUUUCAGACACUAAUAUGGCGUAUAAAUGACUGAGGUUUAUUUUUUCACUUUUCUAUUGUCCUGUCUACACUAGAGGACUCCAUUGCUGACAAAAGUUACCAGGAAUGUUUAACCAAGAAUAUAAAUGUGCCACUUUUAGCACAACGAUAUAAUUAUUUGAGAGCUUAAUGUAUUCUAGCAUUUUCUGUGAAAACUUUUAGCUGUGUGAUUUUGAAUAAUCCUAUAAUAGUGUUGAAAAUGGUUCCAUCUGUGUGCACAAUUGCAUCUUUGUCCAUGCUGGUUCUGGGGGACUCAUUUCUGAAAACCCUUGUCAGCAACAGAUUGCUUUUCUAGUAAAGACAGAGCUUUAAAGUUGAUGCCUAAAGGGCAUGUCCACACUCUUCAAUCUUGCUUAUUGUUUGUUGCACAGUGCACUUUCAUGUUGUUGUUAUUACUGUAUUUCUUUUUCUGUGGAUGGUACACCUCAUGUUGGAGGGAGACAUUAAACUUUACAUAAUAAGAGCAGGUGCAAUCAUAAUAACUGUUAGGCUUUGUCUACACUGCACUGCUUUAGGCAACAUGUCCGAGUUGCUAAAAGUCUUGUAGUGUAAACUCUGUUUGCCAGCAAAAUGCUUCCACCCCUUACAAGCAGGAUUUGCCUUUUUGACAGGAGAGUUCUUUUGCCCACAAGUAGCUGUUGACACUGCCACUUCCCAUAGCACAACUUUUGUCUUUGAGGGGAGAAGGGUCAGGGAGGAAGGGAAGCUUUUUUUAAGCACCCAUGAGUGACACAAGUUUGUCAUUCAAGCGGCAGUGUAGACAAAGCUUUUUGCUUUUCAAACACAAUUUAGUAAUUCAUUUCAAAGAAAUCAAGUGCAUUUUUUCUCUUGAAAUCCUGAUCUGUACUUUUAAAUAACAUCUUGAGAGUAUUAAGUCGGGGGGAAAGACUUCUUUGGAAAGGAAAAUAACUCCUUAUUUACAUUGAGUAUUUCAACAAUAUAUUCUGUAACUUUCCUUCUAAAAACAAAAUUAAGAUAUCAAAAAAGUAACUUAUCUGAUCUGAUGCAUCCAGUCUAUUGCACCUUGACAUAGUGAUGCUUACUGCAGGUAUGCCCUUCAGUGGAAUAUAUUCCUGAUUAAUAAAAGGUUUGACUUCACCUGGUUGUGAGAAAUUAUAGUGGCUUCAGUAAUACUUUUAAAGUCUGUAUGUCUCUUUUAGUCUUGGGGUAAAUGAGUAUUGUACAUAUAACAUUUGGUGUUUGUAAUUGUGAUUAUUUAUUUAUUUAAAUAUUGUAAAUGUACUAUGUAUUGUUAAACAUUUAAGAUAGCUGUCAUCUUAUUUUAAAACUAUUUAAGAAAGUGUUAAAUUUCACAAGUAUUUGUCAAAUGCUUGAAUUUCUUGAUGUACAGUUCAUAAUUUAAAUAAUCAGGGUCUGAGUUGUAGAUCCAAAAAUCUGCUGCAUGACUCUUAACCUGAUAAGAAUGUACUAAUCACCCAUUUGUCUAAAUAUCAAUGUUUAUGUAAGUCA